UCGAGAUUCGAAGUUAGGUCAAUGAUGUGGUCGGAAAUUACUUCGUUGGAUCUAUUUCUGAAUGAGCAUAACUUGAUUUAUUCAGUAAUGUUCAUGCUGAUAACUUUUAAGUGUCAACGCUAUACUGCAUCGUCAGCAGCAGCUAAAACGAUGGCCCUUAAUUUGCCAGAAACUCAUAUCACAACCAUCAGUAAUGGUUUUCGAGUGGCUAGUGAGGACUCGAGAAUCCCGACGGCAACGGUAGGAAUUUGGAUCGAUGCAGGAAGUAGGUAUGAGAACGAUCAAAAUAAUGGUGUUGCACAUUUUCUGGAACAUAUGGCUUUCAAGGGAACAAGGAAGAGAUCUCAGACGGAAUUAGAGUUAGAAGUCGAGAAUAUGGGUGCACACUUGAAUGCGUACACAUCUCGAGAACAAACAGUUUAUUAUGCGAAAUGUUUCUCACAGGAUUUGGAGCAAUCCGUAGAAAUAUUAGCCGAUAUUCUGCGGAAUAGUCAGUUGCGAGGUGCGGAAAUCGAGCGUGAACGAAGUGUGAUCUUACGCGAAAUGCAAGAGGUUGAGCAGAAUUUGCAAGAAGUUGUUUUUGAUCAUUUGCAUGCGGGUGCUUUUCGUGGUACAUCUUUAGCGAGGACAAUCCUCGGACCGAUUGAAAACAUUAAUUCAAUCCAACGACACGAUUUAGUGAAAUAUAUCGAGGAGCAUUACCGUGGACCACGUAUGGUAUUGGCUGGUGCGGGUGGUAUAGAACAUUCGUAUUUGGUUGAAUUAGGCAGAAAAUAUUUCGGUGAUCUGAAGGGAAUUGACAACGAUCUUUAUAUUGAGCCUGGAAAAUUUGUUGCAAGUUAUCAAGAUAUUCGAGAUGAAGGAAUGGCAAUGGUAUUUGGUGCGCUGGCAGUGGAAGGUGCCUCAUGGACGCAUCCAGACAAUAUUCCGUUAAUGGUCGCAAACACGUUAAUCGGUCAAUGGGAUCGUACGCAUGGUGUGGGUGUAAAUGCACCCUCAAGACUAGCGCAGUCGUUGGGUUUAAAUACGCAUGUGCAAUCAUUCCAAGCCUUCAACACUUGCUAUAAAGAUACCGGACUGGUGGGCAUCUAUUUUGUUUGUGAACAGAGCGGUGCAAAACACGUCGUCGAUGCUAUCACACAACAAUGGAUGGAUCUAUGUGAGAGUAUAACAGAAGAAGAAGUGGAACGUGGCAAGCGAUCUCUGCUAACGAAUAUGUUGUUGAUGUUGGAUGGAUCGACGCCGAUUUGUGAAGAUAUUGGACGGUCAGAAUUUUAG